UGUCGCUUACGUUACUGUUGUAAAUUCCGGUCGUUGAAGAUGGCUGCGGCGGCGCUGCUUGAAAGGGCGCAAGCCGUUUCGCAUACAGAUAAAGACAAAGGAAUUGAACUGUACAGUAAAAUAGUGAAAUCUCCAGAGCCUCCUAUCAGUGAUGAAGAGACCAUCCGAAUCAAGGAGCAGGGCAUUAUGCAGUUGGGUGAACUCUUCCAGAAGUCAGGGAAGGCCAGAGAGCUGGCCGACCUCAUACGGGCAUCGCGGCCGUUCCUAGGUCUAAUCAGCAAAGCCAAGGCUUCCAAACUGGUGCGCGGCCUGGUUGACAUGUUCCUCGACAUGGAGGCCGACACGGGCAUCGAGGUGCAGCUCUGCAAGGAGUGCAUCGACUGGGCCAAGGCCGAGAAGCGCACGUUCCUGCGCCAGUCGCUGGAGGCGCGGCUCGUCGCGCUCUUCUUCGACACCAAACAGUACCAGGAGGCGCUCGCGCUGGGCUCGGCGCUGCUCAAGGAACUCAAGAAGCUCGACGACAAAAACCUGCUGGUGGAGGUCCAGCUGCUCGAGUCAAAGACGUACCACGCGCUGAGCAACCUGCCGAAGGCGCGCGCCGCGCUCACCUCGGCACGCACCACGGCCAACGGCAUCUACACGCCGCCCAAGGUGCAGGCGGCGCUCGACAUGCAGUCGGGCGUGCUGCACGCGGCCGACGAGCGCGACUUCAAGACGGCCUACUCGUACUUCUACGAGGCGUUCGAGGGCUAUGACAGCGUGGAGGACGGCAAGGCGCUGCUGGCGCUGAAGUACAUGCUCAUGUCCAAGAUCAUGCUGAACACGCCGGAGGACGUUAACGGCAUCGUCAGCGGCAAGCUGGCGCUCAAGUACGCCGGCAGGGAGAUCGACGCCAUGAAGGCGGUGGCACAGGCCAGUCACAAGCGGUCGUUGGCGGACUUUCAGAAGGGACUGUCCGAGUACAGCCGCGAGCUGGCGGGCGACCCCAUCAUCAAGGCGCACCUGAACACGCUGUACGACACCAUGCUGGAGCAGAACCUGUGCAGGAUAAUCGAGCCCUACUCGCGUGUACAGGUGGGCUACAUCGCGCAGACCAUCAAGCUCUCGCAGGACCAGGUGGAGCGCAAGCUCUCGCAGAUGAUCCUGGACGCCAAGUUCGGCGGUAUCCUGGACCAGAAUGACGACGUGCUCGUGGUGUUUGACGAGGCGCGCAAGGACGACACCUACGACACGGCGCUGGAGACCAUGCAUAGCAUGGGCAAGGUGGUGGACACGCUGUUCCAGCGGGCGAAGAAGCUGACGUAGGCUCGCGUACAACCUGGUGGCUCCUGCGGAAGCCGCCUGACUGACUUGUAAAUGUGUGAUAUAUGAUACGGUCCGUGUUGCCCGGCCGGCGGCCGCGGGGACGUCUUUCUCGGUCGCCGCCGCCGCCGGGCUACAGUGAUGUCAUCCACGCAGCAGGAAGCCGAAAAAUCACGCCAUCAUUUCAGCGCAACGGACACAGACGGACAUGUCACCUCAGCCAACUCUACAUUAACUUAUGUGAAUGACUCGUGCUUGUAAUAAAGGAAGAAAUUCUCGGUCCGG